UGCAUAUACUGUACAGGAUGCUACGUAAAGGGAAUGGUUUAUUUGAUAGUAGGUGACGCGUCGGCACUUGGUUUCAUAUAACUGCAUUUCUCAUAGUGUCGAGAGAGAGAAUUUAGGAGACUGUUUUUAGUAAUCUACAACCAAGCUUAUAAUAAAGAAAACAGCAUAGAUUGCGUUCUAAUAAUGCUGUAUGUUAUGUUGAAUUAUUUGGAUUUUCGGUAUUGAGUAGCAUAUUUCAUUAUUAUUUUUAACAAUGUAAACACCCUUGGGCCUUCUCAUGAAAUAAGAUAUUUUAGCAUAAAGGAUCAAAAGCGUCAAACCAGUUUCUCUUUAGGGCUUGCUGUCAGUUUCUCUCCUUGCACAAGUGGCUAUAUCCGUGUACAGAUAAAGAGAAAGGGUGAGCAUGCGCUGGAGGGGUUUUCGAAGAAUCAAGUAAAUAGAAUUGGAGCUGCUGGAACCACUAGUGGUGUGUCGUCGGUGACGUCACCGCUCUACAUUGAGCUCGAGCUGUGAGUUGUAGCGCGAGAUAGACAGAGGCGCGCGGUAGUAAAGUACACAACUGCAAUGAACUUCUCAGUGUAACUUGGCUGUUUUCAGGCUGCUUGGCUACAGGGAAAAUACAACAAAUAUUUUCAACGCCUUUUUUCUACAGAAUAAAUCGAAACGCACGGACAUUUGGAGAAUUUGGUAUCCACUUUUUCGAAAACGAUGUCGUCUGCGGCGGUUGCUGCUUCGAGGAGGCAGUCCUGUUAUUUGUGUGACUUGCCCCGCAUGCCAUGGGCGAUGAUCUGGGAUUUUACCGAACCCGUUUGCAGGGGAUGUGUCAACUAUGAGGGAGCAGACCGGAUUGAGUUUGUAAUUGAGACUGCCCGACAGCUGAAGAGGGCCCAUGGCUUCCAAGACGGGAGAUCUCCGGGGCCAGGCAAACCUCACCACUCCGGAAAGGAAAUUCAGUCCCACAACCAUUCGGCUGGAGACCCCGGCUCGCGUCCACCCCAGCCCCUGGAUCGUUAUCCCCUCUCCGACCGGCCACCAAGGCUGGGACCGGAGUAUCAACCCGGGAGGCAAGCUAACGGCAUCCCUGUGCCAAAUGGAUUUCCAAAACCAGACGACCCACCGGAGCUGAACCGCCAGAGCCCCAACCCGCGCAGGACUAGCACGGUUCCUCCCAAUUUGGUGCCUUUGGUUAACGGUAGCAUGGGUCCUGUACACGCGCUCAAUGGUCGGCCCGCUCCAAUGGGUAUGCCUGGUGCGUUGAAUGCGCCUGGUCAAGGCGAGCACGGCAAGCGUGGGGAGGAUAUGAAAGACAAGCACAGACCGGAUAGCAUGUCGGACAUGUCGGAGAGCCACAAGCGGGCGGAGGAAUGGAUGGGAAAAGGGAGCAAAACAGUGAGGGAUUUGAUGGCUCUUCACCCAUUCGACAACAGGUUCAAGAAAGACCAUGCGGCGAUGCAGCGCGGUAUGGGAUAUGAGACAAGUGCAACUUCCUCAAAACCAGAACGAGGCAAACACCCCCGGAGUAUGAAGAGGAAGGCCUCCCCUGAGCCUGAUGGCGAAGGCUCAGCCCCCAAGAUGAACGGUGGGGAGGGCCAGCCUUGGCUGACGUCGCCCUCCGAGGUCCUCAAGAUGCCCCCGGCCUCCCUCCCCGGCUUCUCUGCGGCACCGCCCUCCACCAUCUCCCCCCACAGUCGCACCACACCGCCUGAGGCAGCCACGGCCCAAAAUGGCCAGUCGCCAAUGGCGGCGCUCAUCCUUGCUGCGGACAACGCCGGUAACACAGGCUCGCCCAAGGACGGCAACCAGGUGCACUCCACCACGGCGGCGGGGCGACGCAACAGCGGGAGCCCCCUGUCCCCGUCCUCGGCAGGCCAGCGGCGGCUGACGCAGAGGGAGGUCGUGGCCACGGCCCACGCGCAGAGCAUGGACCUACACGGCGCACCGCCACAGAGCAUUCCGGACUCGUCUGUGCCGGGCAGCGUGCCCCUUUGCUGCACCCUGUGCCACGAGCGACUGGAGGACACACACUUUGUCCAGUGCCCGUCGGUGCCCUCGCACAAGUUCUGCUUCCCCUGCUCCCGGGAAAGUAUCAAACAGCAGGGGGCCACAGGAGAAGUGUAUUGCCCCAGCGGAGAGAAAUGCCCAUUGGUGGGCUCCAACGUACCGUGGGCCUUCAUGCAGGGUGAAAUAGCCACCAUCUUGGCAGGGGACGUGAAAGUAAAAAAGGAGAGAGACCCUUGAUUUUUUAUUUUAUUUUACCAGCGCCCCCCCUCCCCCCGCCCCUUUCUUUUUAAACCACCGCCACAACAACAAUAACAAACCAGCCAACAAACAAAAAACAACAAGCGUCCCAUGACUAAUUAAUAUAAACCAUCACACCAUGCAUACCAUCCAAAAGAAAUCGACGGACAUGUACAUAUUGGACACAAAGGAAGUUGUAUACUUCGUAAAAAAUGGCUGUAAACGUUUUUUUUUUGUUUAUUUUGUUUUUCAAUACAUUAUGUUUCUAUAUUUUUUUUGAAGAUAAAGGUAUGUAUGUACUCAACAUAACAGACUACCCCCCCCCCCCUCCCCGUUUUUCAAUGUCCUAUCGAUGUACUUUUAGGUCUGGUGGCAGUCCCUGUUAAGCAUAGAAUGUGACUUACUAAUACGACUCGACGAGCACUUGGCAAAACAGAAAUGCUUCUAGCUGUACUUGUAUGCACUUGUUUAAAAAAACUUGCCAAAUACAAUUUCUGACCUUGUAAUAAUAA